UUUUAAUGGCGACUUAGAAUCGUCGCGUUGCUGCUAACAUUCUGUUUUUCCCCUUCUUAAAAGAAAGAAAGAAAAAAAAAUAAAUCAGUUUUUGGGAAUAACACGAUUCUCUGUAACCAUGAGGCGAAGCAAGGCGGAGGUGGACUGUUAUAUUUCAUCAGUACAAAGUGCUUCUCCUUCGCUGAAAGAUAAACCAGUUAAAGGAUUCUUGUUUGCUAAAUUGUACUUUGAAGCAAAGGAGUACGAACUUGCUAAAAGGCAUGUGUCAGCCUACUUGACAGUACAAGAAAGAGAUCCCAAAGCACACAAGUUUCUGGGCCAGCUGUAUGAAAGAGAGGGAGACAUUAAUAAAGCAGUAGGAUGCUACAAGCGAUCUGUAGACCUGAACCCGGCUCAGAAAGACCUGGUAGUGAAGGUGGCAGAGUUGCUGUGCAGUAAGCCCGAAGAGGACAGCCGGGCAGAGUUAUGGGUAGAGAAGGCAGCUAGGCUCCUGCCUGGAACCCCUGCAGUAUACAACCUGAAGGAGAAACUGCUCAGCAGACGGGGUCAACAUGGCAGGAACCAGCUGUUUGACCUUCUACAGUCGGAGUUCCAGCUGCGCCCUCAGGAUGUUAAUGUAAAUGUCAAGCUGGUACAGCUGUACUGCUCCGAUGGGCGGCUGGAGGAAGCAGUACAGCAUUGUGUGGCAGUUGAGAAGAAAGGCACCCUACGUGACAGCCUGGAAUGGUGUUCUCAUGUUGUGUCCACUCUUCAGGUGUAUGUGAUGCAGCCCACCAUAUCAUCCAAGAAGGAGCUUUGUCGUCAGGUUCACCGGGACCUGCUGUUGGCACACUGCAAUGUGCUGAGGCUCACUCUCUCAGACAAGGGUGUGCAGCAGGGCGUGGAGGCCCUGCAGAGUUUUGACCAUGCUAUGCAGUCAGUGUAUAAGCUCAACACGAAUGCUGAAGAUGAGCUCACAGAGUUGUUCUCAGAGCUGCGGGGUCAUCUUUACAUGCAUGCUGGGACACUGCUGCUGAAGAUGGCCCAUGACAAAAAGCAGCAAUGGAGGGCAGUGGCCGACUUGGCUGCACUCUGUUAUAUUUUGGCUUACCAGGUCCCUAGACCAAAGAAAAAGUCCUCUAAAGAGGACCAGUCUUCACAACAGCUGGUAGAGCUCCUGGCCUGCGAUCGCCAAAGUCAAUCUGGACACAUGCUCCUGAAUAUGAGCCAGAAGUGCAGCGUCCUUGUGAAGGAGGUGGUGGAAGCAUUCGGGAACCGGAGUGGACAGGAAAGUCUGUUCAAAAUGCUUUUUGGCAGCCAAGCAUCCAUGAACUCCUCCUUUAUUGGCAACGAUGACAUCCGCAACAUUGGCACGCAGGCGCCUGAACCUGCAGACCUCAGGAAAUGGGACAAUGGUUCCAUUCUUCUUCACGAGGGCAGCCUGCAGCACUUGGCCUGGCUGGGCUUGCAGUGGGCACUUUUGGCCCAGAGUGCUACCCUCAGGGACUGGCUGAAACAGCUCUUCCCACGCCUCACUCUUGAAACGUCCAAGUUGGACACUAAUGCCCCAGAGUCCAUUUGCUUACUUGACCUUGAGGUUUUCCUAUGUGGCGUUGUGUUCACCAGUCACACGCAGCUGUUGGAGACAUCUAUGAUCACAGGCAGUUCCCAGCUCCAUGAGCCUCGCUGUUUGCCCCUGCCAAUUAUAAAGCUGCUGUCCACAGAAAAGCAGAGGACCUGGUGGGAUGCAGUCUACAGUCUCAUCCAUAAGAAAGCCCCGCCAGGGAUGUCUGUGAAACUUCGGAUGACCGUCCAGCAUGGUUUGAACACCCUGAGAGCCAGCGAGAAACACGGCCUGCAGCCUGCUUUGAUUAUACACUGGGCACAGCACCUUAGUGAAAUGGGUAGUGCUGUAAACUCCUAUUACGACCAGAAGGAGUAUGUCGGCCGCAGUGUACAUUACUGGAAAGUUGUGCUGCCAAUGCUGGAGAAAAUUAAGAGGCGCAAGGGCAUUCCUGAGCCUCUUGACCCCAUUUUUGUACAUUUUCAUAGUAAAGAUAUCCAGAUUUCUGCAGUGAAAGGAUAUGAAGAAGAGGCAGUUGUUGCUUUUGCAGCACAUCUUGAUAUUGAAGGCAGAACAGAGGAGGCGAUUGAUCUGCUUGAGACCCUUACCAGUGUUUCAUCUAGCUGGCAUCUUGCACGGAUAUUUCAAAGACUUUCUGAAGAAGCAGGAAAUGGGGUGGAAGAAACUCAAGACAGGUGCAUUACGUAUCUGCAGAAUUUUAAAAAGCACCUGAAAAAAAUCUACCAUGCCAACGCAGCGGAAGUGGAGAAGCUGCCUGUGUCGAUGGAGGAAGUAAAGGAGCUCUUAAAUGAUGUUAACCAGCAAAUAGGGGAAAAUGAGGAAAUUGAGGAGAUUGACAGUGCUCGGAGCCUACAUUCUAGCCAGCUCAUUGAACCAGGUGCCUCAGUGUCUCACAUAAAGUUCUCCACCCCAUCCCCAACUAAGAGUGUGGCAUCACCUUCUAAAAGACACAUGUUCUCUCCUAAGACACCACCCCAAUGGAUUGAGGAGCAAAGGUCUCUUCUGCAAAUGUUGUGUCAGCAAAUGGACUCCCUCAAGAAAGAGGUCCAUCAGUUGAGGGAAAACUCCUCAGGGUCCACAGCAUCCCCUCAUCACAGGCUGUAUGGAGAGGGUUAUGCUACUGAACCUCUUCAGGAUCCAUUUCCAGCAGCACAGGGUUUCCAUGGUGUACCUCUUACAGUGGCCACAACUGGUCCUUCUGUUUACUAUAGCCAAUCCCCUGCAUAUAACUCGCAGUAUCUUCUUCGUACAGCUGCUAAUGUCACACCAACAAAGACUCCAGUGUAUGGCAUCAACCGUCUACCCCCUCAACAGCACAUGUAUGCCUACCAACAGCCUACGCACACACCACCUCUGCAAGCAACACCAGCUUGCAUUUAUCCCCAAGAGCAGGUCUAUGGAGCUCCUUUGCGCUUUGAGUCUCCUGCAACAAGCCUACUCUCCCCAUACAGUGAAGAGUACUACAGCCACACUGUUCCUCAGUCUGCCACUAAUCCCACUCUGCCUGAGCCUGGCUACUUCACCAAACCAUCAAUUGUCCCUGUCCAGCCAGCAAAAAGUAGUGAGCAGAGUGCUAUUGAUUUUGGGAAGAUUGACUUUGGUCAACAAAUACCUGUUGAACCAUCCAAGGUGCCGAGCUUUGGAACAGGGGCUGUUGCACAGUCCACUCCUGCUGCAUUCAAGUUCAACUCAAAUUUCAAGUCAAAUGAUGGGGAUUUCACCUUCUCAUCCCCUCAAGUAAAAAACAAUAGUGAGAGCUUGUUGGGUCUUUUGACAUCUGAUAUUCCAACAAGAACUGAAGUACCUUUGGGACAAAAGACAUCAGCCCAAGACCAAACACCAGCCCAGCCAGGGUUCUUUAAUUUUGGCAGUAAAAAUAUCCCCUGCUUUCCAUUUAGUGACAUGACCCAAAGCCAGAAUAAGCCUAGCAUUUUUGGGAAAACAAAUCGCACGUUCAGUUUUGCAGACGUGACCAAACCUACAUCUAGUAUGGGAAGCAAGAAUGUGCAUGCAGAAAAAAAUGCUGAAAGUGACAGUGAAAGCAAUCAUGUUGAGGAGGAUGAAGAUGGCCCUCACUUCGAGCCCAUUGUCCCUCUGCCUGAUAAAGUGGAUGUAAAAACAGGAGAAGAAGAGGAGGAGGAGAUGUUUUGCAACAGGGCCAAGCUCUUUCGUUUUGACACUGAAACUAAAGAGUGGAAGGAAAGAGGCAUUGGCAGCAUCAAAAUCCUGAGGCACCGAACAUCAGGCAAAGUUCGCUUGCUGAUGAGACGGGAGCAAGUAUUGAAAAUUUGUGCCAAUCACUAUAUCACUGCCGAUAUGGUCCUGAAACCUAAUGCUGGUUCUGACAAAUCCUGGGUUUGGUAUGCUAUUGAUUAUGCAGAUGAAAUGCCAAAGCAUGAACAGCUGGCCAUCCGCUUUAAAACUGCAGAUGAGGCAGCCCUUUUUAAAACCAAGUUCGAGGAGGCCCAGGCUGCCCUGACUAAUUCUCCCCAAGAACAAGGCCAACAAACAGAAAAAGAACUUCCUUACAAAUCCACUGUUUCUAAAGCAGCAAGUAAAGAUGUUGGGUUUGGAGCCCAGUUUGCAAAGAAAGAAGGGGAAUGGGACUGUGAUGUUUGUAGUGUGAGAAAUGGUCCUACAGUUGACAAGUGUCUUUCCUGCCAGAGUCCGAACCCAAGUGCAGGAUCAAAAGCUUUUGCUUCAGCCACAACUGGGGAAAAUUUGACCUUGAGCUUAGGGAAGGAAACCAGAAAAGACACAGACAUUGGGUCUAGUGCAUCUACAUUUGGGUCAUUUGCACAGGUGCCUGCCUCUUUUAACUUUGGAACAACUGAUACCAUGUCUACCCCUGUGGGUUUUGGUGAUAUGUUUUCUAAAAAGAAAGGUGAAUGGGACUGUGAUACCUGCUUAGUUAGAAAUAAUGCAGCAGCAAUAAAGUGCCUUUCCUGCCAGGCUCCAAACAAGAACCCGAUGCCUUCUCAGGGUGAUUUGGCAGCUGUGUUUGGAAAGAAGAAUGGACAGUGGGAUUGUGAUUCCUGUUUAACUAGAAACGAUGGCUCCUCGAGUGCCUGUGUCUCUUGCCACACACCCAAUCCCAGUGCAAAAAGCACAGGUUCUGCUGCACCAUCAGUCUCUGCCUUCAGUUUCAGCUUCGGUAGUAAAAAUACUUCUCAACAGUCUGCAGGUACAGGAUUUAAGACCACUUUUAGCAGUACCUUUAAAUUUGGCCAAAGUGAUGACAAAGUAUCUCCAGCAUCGUUUAAGUUUGGGGCUCCUGCUCAGGGGGAUGUUAAAACUUCUGGUGGGGGCUUUUCCUUCUCAAUGCCUGCUGGUGGCCUUAAGUUUGGAAUUCAAGACCCUGUGAAACAAGCUGUUCCAGCUGAGAGUCAACCAGGUGUUGAAGGAUCAGCAUCCCAGUUCCUGAAAAAUAUUGCUGAACAACACAGAGAGAAAGAAAAAGAGUCUGUCACAGGCAUUGGAAAUGUUGCAUCUAUAUCUAUGCCAUCUCUAGAUAAGGCUGAGCAUCUGGAAAAUCCUCUAAUUUCUGGGAAGCUUAACUUGUUCAGUUUUGCAGAUUUGGCAAAAUCCUCAUCUGGUGACUUUCAGUUUGGACAGAAGGACCCUGAUUUCAAAGGCUUUUCUGGUGCUGGGGAGCAGCUCUUCUCCUCAUUUCAGGCUGACAAGAAGGCAGACACCUCUGCAGAACAGGAUGAAGGCAUGUACAGAACAGAGGAGAAUGAUGAUAUCCAGUUUGAACCUGUGGUUCAGAUGCCUGACAAAGUGGACCUCAUUACUGGGGAAGAAGAUGAGGAACCACUUUAUUGUCAACGUCUCAAGCUUUUCAGGUUUGAUCCUGUUACCAGCCAGUGGAAAGAACGCGGAGUGGGAAAUCUUAAGUUCCUGAAAAACAGUAAAAAUGGAAGACUAAGAGUACUCAUGAGACGGGAACAAGUACUGAAGGUAUGUGCUAACCAUUGGAUCACUACAACUAUGAACCUGAAGCCCCUUUCUGGGUCAGAUAAGGCCUGGAUGUGGCUAGCCAAUGACUUCUCAGACGGUGAGGCUAAGCUAGAGCAACUUGCAGCAAAGUUUAAAACAGCAGAGCUGGCAGAGGAAUUCAAGCACAAGUUUGAAGAGUGUCAAAGAUUGCUCUUAGACAUACCCUUGCAGACUCCUCACAAACUUGUUGACUCUGGGAGAACAGCACAGCUCAUUCAAAAAGCAGAGGAGAUGAAAUCUGGCCUGAAAGAUCUUAAAUCCUUCCUAUCUGAUGACAAAACAAAAGUCAAAGAUGAAGAAAAUCAAAUCAGUACAUCUGCUAAUACUUUUGACAUGAUUGUUAAACCCAAAGCUGACAUUACCGGGCCUGCUUUGGAGUGGGAUAACUAUGACUUGCGAGAAGAUGCCCUCGAUGACAGUACACAGACUUCGGUGUAUGCUUUUCCGUUAGCAAGCAGUCCAGUUCAGUCAAAUUUGUUCCGUUUUGGAGAAUCAACUGCUGGCUUCAGCUUCAGUUUCCAGCCCAUUCUUAGUCCAUCCAAAUCUCCAGCUAAACUAAACCAGAGUAGAGCUUCUGUUGGCACUGAUGAGGAAUCAGAAGUAACUCAGGAUGAAGAAAGAGAUGUACAGUAUUUUGAGCCUGUGGUUCCUUUGCCUGAUCUUGUGGAAACCGCAACUGGUGAGGAAAAUGAGCAAGUGGUGUUUAGUCACAGAGCUAAACUGUACCGCUAUGAUAAAAAUCUGAAUCAGUGGAAAGAGAGAGGCAUAGGUGAACUUAAAAUCUUGCAGGAUUAUAACACUAAACGUGUUAGACUUGUCAUGAGGCGUGAUCAGGUGUUGAAACUUUGUGCCAACCACUGGAUUACCCCAAAUAUGAAGUUGGAAGCCAUGACUGGGGCUGAGAGGGCGUGGAUUUGGAGUGCCAUGGAUUUUGCAGAACCUGAAGGGAAAGUGGAGCAACUGGCUGUCCGUUUCAAACUGCAAGAGGUAGCAAACACAUUUAAAGAGAUCUUUGACAAGGCUAAGAAUGCCCAAGAAAAUGAGGAUCUGGUUACUCCUGUCUCGCCUAGAGAGGCACCAUGUGACUCAAAAUGCGGUGAAGCUGCAAUUGCAGUUCUUGUGGAGACCACCAGAGAAAGGACUGAAUUGAGUCCUCAGAGCAACCAGACCCCAGAUAUUACAAGUUCUGCUGCAAAAAUAGUUUCCCCACCCAAAUUUGUUUUUGGCUCGGAUUCUGUUCAAAAAAUCUUUGGAACCUCUCCCUCUUCCAAAGAGAUUAUACCCGCCACAAAAAUGGAUACCAAGGCCACCAUAUCCUCCUCAAGCUCUAAGACUGAUGUUGGCCCCAUUAACCAAAUUCCUACUGCAACACCUUCACAAAUUCCUGCAUUUAAAGUCCCUGAAAGAGCUAUCAGUCAGGUUGUGAAAGAAAAACAAAAAGAAGCACCAGUAGAUGCUGCAAAGGUGGCGGCAGAGUCGCAGGACUCAGAUGAGGUUCAGAUUGUAUUCGUACGGGAACCUACCACUGAGCAGAGAGAACUGGCCCAGGAACUCAUGCUGCCCCUCACCUUCUUCUGUUAUCAAAGCGAGGCUGGCGACAGCAGUGAUGACCAGGAGGAUGAUGAAGACUUUGAAACUGCUGUACGGAAGCUUAAUGGUAAAUUGUAUCCUGAUGCAGUACAGGGAGGAGCUAAUGGCCAGAGGAUGUCAAUGGAACCUCAAGUUGAGGAGAGGGAUCCAGAGUGCAUAGUGAUUUGGGAGAAAAAACCAACCCCUGAAGAGGAGGAGAAGGCCAGGAGCCUCCAGCUUCCUCCCACCUUCUUCUGUGGAAUCGGCAACGACAAUGAGCCCGAGAAAGACAAGGGGGAAGACUUUGAAACGGAAGUCAAAAAAGUACAAGAAGAGAUGAAGAAUGAUGCUGUGUGCUCAGAAAAUACACUUUCCAGCGACGCUAUCCCAGCCAGGGCCUGCACCACAGCAGUUAAAGUACUUGAGUCUCAGCCGGACUCUUCCAGUGAUACUGCCCCUGUCCUCAGUCCCAUCGAUCUAUCCACAAGAAAGGACAAUGAGCCGGACUCGAGCACCUCAGCAUCAUCGGCAUCCUUUGGGUUUCAUUCCAUGACUGGAUUUUCAUUUGCAGACCUGGCUAAGAAUUCUUCUGAAUUUGCUUUUGGGGAAAACGAUGCAAACUUCUCUUGGGCGAAUGCUGGAGCUGCUGUAUUUGGAGAAGCUGCAGUAUCUCAAAAUGAAGUAGAAGAGGGUAGCGAUGAUGAAGAAACCACAAACAAUGCGGAUAUUCAUUUUGAACCUAUUGUGUCUUUACCAGAGGUAGAGACUAAGUCUGGUGAGGAAGACGAAGAGAUCCUUUUCAAAGAGCGGACCAAGCUGUACCGUUGGGAUAGGGACUUGGGCCAGUGGAAGGAGCGUGGUGUGGGAGACAUAAAGAUUCUGUACCACCCCAUGAGGAGGUACUACCGGGUGCUAAUGAGGCGGGAUCAGGUAUUGAAAGUGUGUGCCAACCACAUAAUCACCAAGGCCAUUGAACUCAAGCCCAUGAACACCUCAGCCAAUGCCUUGGUCUGGACUGCCACAGACCAUGCAGAGGGAGAUGCAAAGAUCGAGCAGCUGGCUGCCAAGUUCAAGACAGCUGAGCUAGCAGAGUGUUUCAAGAAGAAGUUUGAGGAGUGUCAAAGCCGCAUGUCCCAGGCGCAGUCCUCCCAGCUGUCCCGUGUCCAGGAGCUGUGCGAAGAAGGAAAUCCCAUGGUGUACUUUGACAUCACUGUAGAUGGACAUCUGUUGGGUCGGAUCACCAUGGUGCUCUUCUCACACAUUGUCCCUAAAACUGCCGAGAACUUCCGAGCCCUGUGCACUGGAGAGCAGGGCCUCAGUUUCCUCAACUGCAUUUUUCACAGGGUCAUUCCUGAGUUCAUGUGCCAGGGUGGAGAUAUCACCAAACAGGAUGGCACUGGGGGAAGAUCCAUUUAUGGAGACAAGUUUGAGGAUGAGAACUUUGACGUGAGACACACAGGACCAGGCAUCCUCUCCAUGGCGAACUGGGGUCGAGACACUAAUAAUUCCCAGUUCUUCAUCACUCUGAAGACAGCAGAGCAUUUAGACUUCAAACACGUUGCCUUUGGCUUUGUCAAAGACGGCAUGGACAUAGUGUAUCAGAUGGGGGAACUUGGCACAGCAAGUGGGAAACCAAGUAAAACCAUAAUUAUUUCUAACUGUGGACAGUGCUAGUAUUUUUUCCUUCAAAAUAAGUAUUGCACUUCCUACUUGAUUUCAACACUGAGGGCUAUAAAUGUUGCUUUGUGCAUCACAAUUUUUUGUGUGUAAAGUGUAUAUGGAUCACAUUUUUUAAUAGAUGGGGUUAAUUGCAUGUUGUAAUAAAGCUGCAAAUUGUGAAUUCUUUCAGUGCUCCCUAACUGUGCUAAAUGUUAAUGAAUAAAGUCAAACU